AGUCCGAUCCGCGGUCGGGGGUGGUUGCGGUUUCCACCGGGUCUCGGGAGAGUCUCUUGCCCCGCCCUGGCCGAGUGGAGGAGCUGGAGGUCGGACCCCGCCGCCCCCUGAUACCUAACUCACGGUGAUGACCGUGGGUGCGAUGCACUUAGUGUUGUCCCAGGCAGCAGCUUGUUGAAAGGGAGGGUUCACAUGCUUCAACUCUAGGAUGCCAACGCCCUUCUGAGUCUGUUUGUCCCUUCACUUUGCUUUGAGUGACAAUCCCUUCAUUUCUAUCUUCCCGUCCUCUCUUCUGGCCAUCUCUUCUCUUACCCCAAAUCUUUACUCAUCUCGCUUAAUUGUGAGCUUAAUGGGAUACACAGCGUUUCACCACUUGCAGUUUUACAUUCUUUUCCGAUUCCUGUACAACUUUUAAAAUCUCAGCAGUCUGCCUAUUCCCUCCAUAUUUCUGCAAUUACUGAUCUACUCGGCCAAAUCCUUGUCUUCACCCACGACUCCUUGAUUCUAUUUUCUAAAUCUCAUUCUGGCUGCUCAUUGUUGCUCGUUGAAGUUUAAGAAAUAAGAAACUGAAAGGAUAUGACUCUUGGUAGAUGAUGGAUUUAAUGUCACUUCAAAUCUGGCCAGACCAGGUAGGGUUCACUCUUGGAAACGUGGUGGGGAUGUAUCUGGCCCAAAAUUAUCAGAUUCCAAAUAUCUAUAAGAAGUUUGAAGAAUUCAAAAAGGAUGCUGAAGCCCGAAAAAAGCCACCAGAUGAUCGAUCGUGAUAUGUACAACUCAUGGAUAAGAUUGGGACAUUGGUAUUAAGUUACUAGUGCUAAAUUGAUUGCAUUGAGUACCAAACAGUAUUGGACCCACCUCAGCAGUUCUAUUUAUUUAGCACUGAUUAAAAAGUAGUCCAACUCAAAAGUCACCAGUGUUUUUAUUACCAUGACCUAUUAUUUUACUGUAUUUGUUUCUGCUGGCAUUUGAUUCUGCUUGUGGUGGAACCAAUUUAAUUUUUGAUGGGAAUCAGAGUUUCAUUGGUGGAAUCAAAUCUGUGGUCUCUGUGUGUUCUUAAAGGCCAGUGAAUACAUCAUAAAGAUGGUAAACAAUAUAUUGUGUUCAUAACAUCAAACUAAGAGUUACUGAUAAUGUGAUCAAAUGUGUCUCACCAUUUGAAUUUUCACUUUUCUUUGCAUAAAGAUGAAUGAAUAGUUACUUGUCUGCAAGGUUCAGAGAAAAUGCCAUCACUAUUUCGUGAAAUACAGUUUCAACUUUGUCAAAUAUAUUGCCAAAUCCAUAGGACAAUCCACUGUCACAUUGCUUUUCACAGAAGAUAGAAUUGAUGUGAUGACACCAAUGAUGUUUUAUGCUAUAUGUCUCUAAUUUUGAACAGUGUUUUGUACAUUUUAGAGCACCGUCAACAAAUAGAUCCUCUGGCUGUACCAGAGAUUGAUCAGUAGUGACGAUCCACAUCUGUAUCAGGUGGGUUACAUUGCCUUGUGGAAUGAUGGAGUCAAUAAGUCCUUGAGAAAGGGCCUCAGUCUACCCAAUCAACAUAUUCGACCUCAAUUCCCUGGUAUGUUGCAAUAAGUAGAUACUCAAGAAGGUGAAUUAAAAGAAUCAUCGGUAAAGUCAUUCUCUUUUUAUAUAUGUAUAUGAAGGCCAUUUCCAAACCUGCUGCCUGAGUUUGCUGAAAAAAAAACAAAUUUCACCAAAGACAUAAAUAUGUCAACUUCAGCUGAUAAAGGGAACUUUGGGAGAAAUUCAUCUCUGAUCAUUAGCAUUAAACCUGUGCUAAAGCUUUGGUCUCCAGUCAUACUCCCAAGAAUUGAGUACAGUUGGCAGUUUAUACCCUUGCAUGUCUGGCACAGCCAACCAAAAAUUAAUUUUUCUUCCAUGCUCUUGGGGUGUGUGUAUUUGCAUGAUCUUAAUUAAAUUGUUUGCCCAUCUCAAA